AUGCUUGCAGAUGAAAGAGGAGUUAGCUUUCCGAAUGAAAAGGUUCGAACCCGGGUCGUAUACCUGUUUGUUCGUUUUGUCAAAGCUCAAAAGCAGGCCCUCAACCCUCUGGUUUCUCAAAUUGUUCCUCGAAUCGCUCCACUUCUUGCACCUGGCUCAACUGGUCUUUCUGAAGAUGACCAAGGAUUUUUAUUUGAAGUAACAGCAACGCUCAUAAUCUUUGGAAAUCUAGAACCCGCGCAAAAACGGCAAUUUCUUGAAGAACUCGCAACAACAAUAGCUUCCCGUUUUCAACAAGGCUUGGUCGAAUUAGCGGCUACGCGAGCAAGACGCGAUAAGGCAGCAACGGAACAAAUGAUGCAAUCACUUUCAGCCAUUGUUACUCAUGCAAGUCGUUUGUCAAAGGCCUUUUCAAAAGAGGUAACAAUGGUUGCUCAUUCAUGCUCUGAUCUAUUCAUGAAGCUACUUACGCUUUUCUUGGAAGCUUUGUCUCCGACCAACGUCUUCUUGCUAGAAAGUGUUCGCCAACUUACCCAUCGUUUAGUAGUGUGCAUAGAACAAGAGAUGCUUGUUCUACUGCCAAACUCAAUGCAACACUUGUUGAUUCUUUGUCAUCAAAUUGUUUCAAAGCAUGGGAAAGCCGUUUUGAAGUCCGGUGUUGAUUUUGGGAUGAUAUUGACAAAUGCGGCCCGAUUCUCGGCCGACCCAGAAACGCAGUCAAAACUUCCACAAGAUGAAGCCAAUAAGAGAGCUUUGCUGUAUUGUCAACGGGCAUUCGGACAAUUCUUGUACAGCGUCGUCUCCAGUGAGACACUGACUGAUCUUGCUCCAGGAGCUGCAUCUGAUAUGAUUGUUGAAGCCGCUCGUCAGCUCUCGUUCUUAGCCGAUUCUGCAGUUCAAAAGGCGUGCAUUAUGAGCCUAAGCAAGUGUGCGGUUCUCAGCGUAACGCAAAAUGGAGGACGCUGGUUUGAAAUCGGGAUAAGAACGAUAUUAGAAGUUCCGGCUCUUCCGCACAUCUCUUCAACAGAUGCAAGCAGUCAAUUGGUAGUUCACGAAUGCUCAAUUGGACUACUAGCAAUGCGAGCAGCAGCCACUCCCCAAUUUGAUACUAUUGUUGCUGGUCUGAUGCCCGAGGAAAUGAAUAGGAACCUACACACAUUGCUUACUACGAUGAAGGGUCGAGAUUUGGACAAAAGCUUGAUCGCCUUCUACGCUCCAUUGAAACAACAGCAACAA